AUGGUGCUGUCACUGGCUGCCGACCUUGCCACACCUUUCUUAGCUGAAGAGCCUCACCUCUUGCUGCUAUUGUCGUUUCCACGAAUGCUUCAAGCAGCGGUGACGGACUUCAUGAAGUCCGCUGAGGAGCUCAGGUCAGGGGAGGCUGCGUUUGCCAUGAGCCGAGCCUUGCAGCAUCUUGCAGCCUCACAGCUCUCAGGAAGACUGCAAGAGCCUUGCAGGCCUGGCGGCCCUGGCAGCCCUGGCAGAGUUGUGGAGCUGCGCCUCGGAAUGCUCGGGCCCCUGGGACCAGGAGUUCUCGAAGGCCGAAGACGACCUGCCUGCAGGAGCCCGCAUUCUUGGUUCCCACAGUAUCUGCGCUAUCUACAUGGAGAAGCAAUCCCAACGCACCAGACACCAGGUGAAGAAAUCCAACCAAACUUGACUGUAGUGGCAGGUUUUCUGAUGCACAACCGUUUCAUGAGCCAGUUCCGACUUGCCCGCCGCCCUGGCGCCAUGCCAAAGAAGCACGCAGGCAAAGCCAUGGAUGCCAUGCUCGUGCGUAUGGCACUUGCGCUUCUGUUUUUCGGUGUCAUAUCGCAAAGCACUGAGUGCACCGAGUGUACUGGCGAUGACUCGGCCAUGAUCAUGCACUCGAAGAAGCAUGCCCGAGGGGGGCCCCGGCCGCCCUCCAACGGAAUGGCACCGCCCGUUGCGGGUGCCGAGAAGCACCUCUUCAUGGAACAGGUCUGGCCUGAAUCCUUGAACAUCACAAGCUUCCCAACAGGCCUUGACUGGCGCUUGGCCGGUUGGGCAUUCUCUUCUGUGGAAGUGCUCGAGUCUCACUGGGCGAUCCACAAAUUUGAAGGUGCUGUCCUCACGCUUUCCACUCAACAAGCUUUCUCUUGUGCUCCGACCAGUGGCGACCCGGACACAGUUAAUCGUUCCACGUGGCACCGCACCUGUGAAGAUGGUGGCGACGUCUCCGAUGUCUUUGACUACGCGGCGGGCAGAUAUGGUGGUCAGUUUCUUAACUCGGACCUUGGACUGCCAUACAUGGAGGCAGACAUUCGCAACAAACAUCGUGUGGUUCAUUGCAACUACCACAAGCUAGUCCAGCUGGAGUUGGAACACGAUGAUGUCAUGACGAUUCAUCUGCCUCUUCUGCCCAACACCUCGAGCGGCUACAAUGCCAUCAAAGUAACACAUCCAACCAAGUCGCAGGCGGUUCUUGAAAAGGUCAUUGCAAUAAAACGGGCCCUGCUGCUGGGGCCGGUGAGCUUCAGCGUGAGUUUCGACCAAGCCUACCAUACCUAUGUCGAAAACAUGACGACAUUCCCCGCAGUCGGAGUCCGUGGUGUCAUGUCUCACGCCAGCAAGGACUUCCCUCAGGACAUGUGCCAGCAAGGCACGGGUCACUGGAUGGUAAUUGUUGGGUACAACGAGACAGCGCCGGAGCCCUAUUGGAUCGUGAGGAACAGCUGGGGCAUGGGUUAUCCAGACCGUCACAAGUACAAAGCUCAGUCCCUUUAUCCGAACCUCGGCUACAUCUUCGUGACCAUGAAGGAGAACUUCUGCGGCAUCCUGGACACGACAUGGAUCCCAUACCUCGAGCAGUCCUUCGACGAACCUACGGUGCGGCGCUUGCGGAGUCGGGCGCAAGGCAGUCCUUAA